UACCCUGUUAUUUUGUUUACUACGUCUUAUUUUAAUUGUGAUUUGCUUGUUAAUUAGUAAUUAAUUUUAAAUGCGGUUAGUUUAAUUGGCAUUGGUUCACUUGUCAAUUAAUUUUUCUGGGUUUAUCAAUUAUUAAGUUGUUUUGUAGCUUUCCGUUUUUUUUUAUUUGAAGAAUUUGCAAAAGUGUAUUUUGAUUAAUUUUGACCUGUGACCUGAGAGUUUUAUCGAGAUACUUUAAUUAAAUUAAAAGUCAAAUAAGAGAAAAUUAGUGCCGAAAAUGGUUUCGACGACGCCCUCAUUCCAGGAUUUCGAAGACUUCCAGUACCUUCAAAACUAUGAAGAUUUUACCUGCCAAGACGAUGACGAUUUGAGCAAUUUAGCCAAUGACAUGAAUGUUAUCAACGCCUUUUUCGACGGCGCCAGUUCGGGAUCAAGUUCUUAUAAGGAGGAUGAAUUCAACGCUUUCGAUACAACAAGGACGACGGAAAACACAGUGUCGCGUGAGGGGGACAUGAUUGUUAAAGCGUUAGCCCUUGCAGACGCGAGAAAAUGCGACGAAUGCCAUUAUCCCUUCUCAGAAGGGAACAGUCCUGAAAUCUAUAGUGGAUGUGGUCACAUGGUCUGCAGAUCUUGCUAUGUUUGGUGUUACGACUUCAAUAAGGGCGGAUGCAGUCAGUGCCCUCCUAAGCAGAACCUUACUCGCAGCCAUGUUAAUGACGUCCACAUGGCGAAAAUGGGAGCGGCGACGGCGCCAACAGAGGCUCAAAUUCCUUCUAAAAAGAAGAAAGUGGAGACCGUGGAAAUUUCAAGGGAACAUAACGAAGCCGGCAAAAAGUUUGAAGAGUUGGUUGUGAUGCGUGAGGCCGACAAGCCGAAAUGGAAUAAUAUCAUAGGUCGUGUCCAGCAACAAAAUGAGAUGGAAAUGCUGACAAGAAAUCAGAACCAGUGGGAGGAGGGAGCUUGUUCAGGCUUCCUUCAACCUUGUGCACCACAUGCGGUUUCUGUUAUUCUGAAUCCAUCGGAUCAACUACAGUUUCGACGACAGGGUCCAGUAUUUAAUACUCUACAGCAGAAUCCAGUACCUUUUCUAUUGCCUAUGCAGCAAAAUCAAGCAUUUUAUCGAAUUCCACAGCAAAAUCAAGCACCAACGUCGACAAUACAUCAUAUUAUGUCAGCCAGUCAAAUCCCUACCAGAGGAGUGUCGCCAGAUCAUGUCAAUUUUGUUUAUCAAAAUGGUGCAGAAUCAUUUCCCAACUUGAUACCCAAUCUGAAUGAAAAUAUUUUCAAUCAAAAUGAAAUAUUUAACCCUAUGAUGAUGAUGGUCCCACCUCAAAGUAUCAUCCCGCCUGGUGUAACAUAUUCCAACGGGAACUCUACAAACACUUUGACAUACGAUUUGCAAUGUUCUCCAAAUAAUGACCAGCCAAUUUCAAGUCAUAAGGUUUCCAAGCACAAUAACGGCUCUAAUAAUCGUCGUCGUCGACCAUCGUCCAAAAAUUCUACAAUUGGAACCUACAGAAAAAUUUGCAUAAAGGAAGAAAAACCAUCUAUACCCAAUCCUAAACUCAUGCGAACAUUUGAUGCUCCAGAAAAUGUCGUCCUAACCUUCCCCAAUCCGGUAGAGUUUAUUAUGAACAAGACGGAACCUAAGGAACCUGGAAGUCCAGAGAAACGUCUCUACCGCUACUCAAUAACAGCAGAUUCCAUCGUUGUCAAAGUGGAUCAAAAUACGCCUACAUCUGAAGCGCUCGACUAUCUAAAGGAUGUCAAAAUUAAACCGUUCAAUCAAGCCCAGAACCAGAAUGAUAUAGACGAAUUCAAACGGCAACAAAGACUAUAUAAUCUUCAACGAAAGGCGAAGAAGUUCAGGAAGGAGGGAGAAAAGGACUGCGUUGAUACAGUGGUAAUUGGAACUCAGGGCCAAUUGCGACGCGCCAUGAAACGACCCUCCUCUCCCAAGUCCAAGUCACCUCCUCAGUCUGGACUCCAAAUUCCUAACCCCCAACAAAUUCAACUUCAACAGCAGAGAAGUUUGAGCGUUAUCGUUCUUUCUAACCAGCAAACAUCGAACCUUGUCGACAAUAGCAGUAGCAAUUAUUAAUGAAAUGUAUAAUUUUCACUCAUCUCAUAUAACGGUUCUGGUCCAGUUUUACUUAUGCAUACAGUUUUUAUUUAAAUAUUUUAAUGGUUUCGUUUGAUCGUUUACAAUUUGUUUAAGGUAUUAUUUUGCGUUUACCUAAUUUGUCGUAAUACUUCGAAACGUUAUCUACGUUGAUUUUACUGAAUGUGAUAACGUAAUUUUUAAAAUUUGAUGUUUUAGUGUAUGAUUACAUGUUGGAAAAAAUGUUUUAUGAUCAGAUUGUGAAUGUAUAUUGUCGGUUAUAUCGUUUUUAACAAUAUUGUGCAUGGCAUGAACUGACUUACUGGAAUAGGUUAUUUAUUUUACUGACGUUUUAUCAAUAUUGUUAUUUUUACUAAUAGUUUUACAAGUAUGUUAUUGUUGACGAAAUUACUUGACUCUGGUGUAUUUAGAUGUAACUGAUAUUAUUGACUCUUUGGUUGUUGUUACGAAGUAUGAAAUAUUAGUACUUUCAGUCAAAUAGAAUAGAAUAGAAAUAGCUAAAUCAAAAUUGUGUUAUUGUUGACGAAAUUACUUGACUCUGUUGUACCUAGUAUUUUGAUGUAACUUAUAUUAUUGACUCUUUGGUUGUUGUAACGAAAUAUUACUACUUUCAGUCAAAUAGAAUAGAAUAGAAUAGAAAUAGCUAAAUCAAAAUUGACCUUGAAUUUUCUACCUCAUAGAAUAUGAUACGAGCGUAAAUUGAGUGAAGUCUGUGUAAUUCAAUAUGUCAGAAUGAAAGCAUGUACUACGAACUGUCGGAUUGAAGUGCACUUGACACUUGAAAGUAACGAUAUUAUUAAAAGCCUGACUCGAACUAAAAACUAAA